AUGUCAUCGAUUGCAAGUCAACUUGAAAAAUUGCAAUUGCAGCUUUAUUGCUACGAACUUCCAAUCAUUUUCGGACUUGGAAUUAUCGGUAAUUUAACUAAUAUAAUUACAUUUGGAACAAGUACACUACGAAAAAAUAUGUGCUCAUGGUAUUUUAUUUGUUUAUCUUUGGCUCAUUUAUGCGUGCUUGCUGUCGCUUGUCUACCACGCAUCAUAGCUGCUUCCACUGGCUACGAUUUAUCAAGUCAAUCUCUUGCUUUUUGCAAGUUUCGUGCUUACGCAACCGACGUAAGUCUAACGUUAGCACGACACUUUCUCUGUUUAAUUGCAAUUGACCGAUGGCUGAUUACUUCAUCACGUUUAUGGAUUCGUAAUCAUAGUUCACCCCGUAUAACUCGACGGAUGAUUGCUGGCAGUUUUAUCUUUUGGUUUCUAUUUCAUAUUCAUGUACCUAUCAAAUAUGGAAUCGGUCGUUUGGGUUGCUCACCACCAUUAGGUACUACCUAUGAACUCUUCUAUUCAAUGUAUAACAUUAUCAUUUCACUAGUACCUAUGUUCAUCAUGAGUAUAUUUACUAUACUAGCUGUACGCAAUCUACGACUACGACUGAAUGGAAGAGUUCAGCCUCAACCACUUACAACUGGUUCAAGCAGCAACCCUGUAGUGGUUUCAACGGCUUUUACUGCUCAGCGUCUUCGGCAAUCUAGACGUGAGGGUCAACUUGUUCGAUUGUCCAUACCUCAAGUGAUUGUUUUCGUAAUACUCAAUACUAUUCGUGCGAUUUUUCCACUAUAUUCAUUUUUAAUGAAUUCUCGUGGUGGUCUUACGGCUGAUGAAAGAAGUCUAGCGAUUUUUCUCAAUGGUAUUGGCAAUAAUCUACUUUUCACAUACACAGCGAUUACAUUUAUCUUAUAUACAUUAGCUUCAAAAACAUUUCGCAUUGCAUGUUUAACCAGAUUCAAAAAAUCUUUCAGUAUUGCAAAACAACGUCUUCAAGCUAUGUUUUAA